CAGGUUACCGUUAACCCUCAAGGAAGAAGAAGAAGCAAUGCGUCUUUGACUAUAGACAUAAUAUACGUAUAUUAUGUCUAUGACUUUGACCAUCAAUGCGCCUUUGACGCGUCUGUUUUGCUGCAGCUCACAUGAGUUGAGGAACUCGACGGGAACAUAAGAAAGUUUUGAAGACUUGUAUGUAAUAAAAAUCACAUUAAGGACUGAAGUCAGUUUCCCAUUAUGGGGAGCACAGAGAGCCAUGAGAGAUCUUCAUCUCCUGAUCCCAGCUGUGUGUCUCUGAAGAGUGACAGAUCAAUGCCUCUUCCUCCUAAAUUCAGUGAUGAUCCAGUGACCUCUGACCCCAGCAGAUCAGAUGAAGAGCGAAGCAUGUCUCAAGAAGUCUUCUGUCUAAAUACCACGAGCGUUACAGCGUCUCUGAAAAAACAUGAUCAACCAGUGAAUGAUGAACUGCAGAGAGCCAAAGACCAGCUCAAAACCAGCAUGAAGAACAAGUAUGAGAGAUUAUUUGAGGGACUGAAACCCCGGGAGAAUGAAAGCCUCCUGAACAGCAUGUACACACAGCUCUACAUCAUAGAGGGAGAGAGAGAAGGAGUGAAUGAAGAACAUGAGGUUUUACAGAUGGAGAAAACUCUCAGAACACAACACUCAAAAGACACUCUAAUCUGCUACAAUGACAUCUUUAAAGCCUCACCUGGAUUAGGAUGUGAAGCGAAAGAGCAGAUCAAGACUGUUCUCACUAAAGGCAUCGCUGGAAUCGGAAAAACAGUCUCUGUGCAGAAGUUCAUUCUGGACUGGGCUGAGGGAAAAGCCAAUCAGGAUGUAGAUUUCAUGUUUGUGCUUCCAUUUCGAGAGCUGAACAUGAUUCAAGAUCAUCAGUACAGUCUUCACAGACUUCUGCUGGACUUUCAUCCUGAACUUCAAGAUCUGGACUCCAAGAUUUAUGAGAAGUGUAAAGUUGUGUUCAUCUUUGAUGGUCUGGAUGAAAGUAGAAUCACACUGAUGUUUUCAGAUGAUCAGAAAGUUUCUGAUGUAACAGACACUUCAUCAGUGGGUGUGUUGAUGUCAAAGCUCAUGAAAAGAGAGCUACUUCCCUCUGCUCUCAUCUGGAUCACCUCCAGACCAGCAGCAGCCAAUCAGAUCCCCUCCAAAUACAUCAACCGUCUGACAGAAAUACAGGGAUUCAAUGAGCUUCAGAAGGAGGAGUAUUUCAGGAAGAGAAUCAGUGACGAGCAUAAAGCCAGCAAAAUCAUCUCACACAUCAGAAAAACAAGAAGCCUCCACAUCAUGUGCCACAUCCCCAUCUUCUGCUGGAUAUCAUCCACUGUGCUUCAGAAGCUCCUGGAAGAAGAUCUGAAUGCAGAAAUCCCUCAAACUCUGACUGAAAUGUACAUCCACUUCCUACUCACUCAGAUCGACAUGAGGAAGCAGAAAUAUAAAGAGAGAGAUCCAGAGAAAUUCCUGCAGUCCAACAGAGAAGCGAUCAUGAAACUUGCUGAAGUGGCUUUCAAUCAGCUGAUGAAGGGCAAUGUGAUGUUCUAUGAGGAGGACCUGAGAGAGAGUGGCAUAGACCUCACUGAUGCCUCAGUGUAUUCUGGGAUUUGCACUGAAAUCUUUAAGGAGGAAUCUGUGAUAUAUCAGAGGAAAGUCUACAGCUUCAUUCAUCUGAGCGUUCAGGAGUUUCUCGCUGCUUUCUAUUUGUUUUACAUUUAUGUAAUGAAAAAUGUUGACACCCCAAAGUUUUUGGAUGUUGUUCAUAGUCUCCAUAGAGAAGCAAUAGAUAAAGCCAUUGAGAAUGAGAAUGGACGUCUGGAUCUGUUUCUGCAGCUCCUGCUGGGCGUCUCACUGGAGUCCAAUCAGAGACUCUUACAGGAUCUACUGGCACACACAGAGAAGAGCUCAGAGAGCAUCAGGAGAACCACACAGUACAUUAAAGAGAUGAUCAAAGAUGGACAUGAAGUCUCCACUGAAAGAUCCAUCAAUCUGUUCCUCUGUCUGCUGGAAGUGAAAGAUCAGACUCUGUCCAGAGAGAUUCAGGAGUUUGUGAAAUCAGAAAAACUCUCAGAGAAGAAACUCUCUCCUGCUCACUGCUCAACAAUAUCCUACAUGCUUCAGAUGUCAAAAGAGCCAUUGGAAGAGCUGGACCUCAAGAAAUACAACACAUCAGCUGAGGGGAGAAGACGACUGAUUCCAGCUGUGAUCAACUGCAGAAAAGCUCUAUUUUCUGGCUGUGAUCUCUCAGAUCAGCAUUGUGAAACUGUGUCAUCAUCUCUAAAAUCCUCAAACGGUGUCCUGAGAGAGCUGGAUCUGAGUAACAAUGACCUGCAGGACUCUGGUGUAAAGUUUAUUUCUGAUGGACUGAAGAGUCAAAACUGUCAGCUGGAGAUACUGAGUCUUGCUGUCUGUAAUCUCACUGCUCAGUGUUGUGAGAGUUUGUCAUUAGCUCUACAAUCCUCAAACGGUGUCCUGAGAGAGCUGGAUCUAAGUAACAAUGACCUGCAGGACUCUGGUGUAAAGUUUAUUUCUGAUGGACUGAAGAUGCCAAACUGUCAGCUGGAGAUACUGAGGUUGUCGGGCUGUAUCGUGACAGAGGAAGGCUGUGGUUAUUUGUCUUCAGCUUUGAGUUCAAACCCCUCACACCUGAAAGAGCUGGAUCUGAGCUACAAUCACCCAGGACAAUCAGGAGUCCAGCUGCUCAGACACAAACUGGAGGAUCCAAACUAUAAACUGCAGAUACUCAAUGUGGAUCAUGGAGAAGAGAUGAGGAUGAGAGCAGGACCACGAAAAUAUGCCUGUUUUCUUACACUGGAUCCAAACACAGCACACCCUGAACUCAUUCUGUCUGAGAAGAACAGAAAGGUGACACAUGUGGGAGAGAAACAGCCGUAUCCUGAUCAUCCAGACAGAUUUGAUGUGUGUUCUCAGGUGUUGUGUAGAGAGAGUGUGUGUGGAUGCUCUUACUGGGAGAUUGAGUGGAGUGGAGGUGUGUGUAUAUCAGUGUCAUAUGAGAGCAUCAACAGGAAGGGAUCAAGUAAUGAGUCUGUGUUUGGACGUAAUGAUCAGUCCUGGGGUUUGAUCUGCUUUCCCUCCAGUUACUUAUUCAUACACAACAACAUAAAGAUUGAUCUCCCUGUAGAGUCCAUCAUCAGGAGAAUAGGAGUGUUUGUGGAUCACAGUGCAGGAACUCUGUCCUUCUACAGCGUCUCCAGAAACGAUAUGAACCUCAUCCACACAGUCCAGACCACAUUCACUCAGCCACUCUAUCCUGGGUUUUGGGUUUAUUAUUAUGGAUCAUCAGCAAAAUUGUGUUGAUGAAUCAGAAGAGACUGACGAGAGAUUCUACCCAUAAUGCUUUUUUUAGCUGCAUAAUAAAUCAGUGACAGUGAGAUGUUAUAGAGUAUCUUCUGUCACAGAAAUAAGUCAGAAUAAAUAUGUCAUAAAUCCUUAUAUAGACAGUGAGAUCAGUGUGUGUGUUUGUAUGUGAGAGACAGUGUGAGUGUGAGACUGUGUACAAACCCGAUUCCAAAAAAGUUGGGACACUUGUAAGUAAAAAAGUAAUGGAAUAAUUUACAAAUCUCAUAAACUUAUAUUCUUAUAUAAUAUUGUGAAUAACUUUAUUCACAAUAGAAUAAAUCUAACAUAUCAAAUGCUGAAAGUGAGACAUUUGAAAUGUCGUGCCAAAUAUUGGCUCAUUUUGGAUUUCAAGAGAGCUACACAUUUCAAAAAAGUUGGGACAGGUAGCAAUAAGAGGCUGGGAAAGUUAAAUGUACAUAUAAGGAACAGCUGGAGGACCAAUUUGCAACUUAUUAGGUCAACUGGGAACAUGAUUGGGUAUAAAAAGAGCCUCUCAGAGCAGCAGUGUCUCUCAGAAGUCAGGAUGGGCAGAGGAUCACCAAUUCCCCCAAUGCUGCAGAUAGUGGAGAAAUAUCAGAAAGGAGUUUCUCAGAGAAAAAAAUGCAAAGAGUUUGAAGUCAUCAUCAUCUACACUGCAUAAUAUCAUCCAAGGAUUCAGAGAAUCUGGAACUAUCUCUGUGUGCAAGGGUCAAGCCAGAAAGCCAUACUGGAUGCCCAUGAUCUUCGGGCCCUUAGACGGCACUGCAUCACAUACAGGAAUGCUACUGUAAUGGAAAUCACAACAUGCGCUCACAAAUACUUCCAGAAAACAUUUUCGGUGUACAAUCAGGCAUUUUCUCUGGGCCAAGGCUCAUUUAAAAUGGACUGUCAAUCAAAAUUUUAAGUUCUUUUUGGAAAAAUUGGGAUGCCAUGUCAUCCAGACUAUAGAGGACAAGGACAACCCAAGUUGUUAUCAGUGCUCAGUUCAGAAGCCUGUAUCUCUGAUGGCAUAGGGUUGCAUGAGUGUGUGUGACAUGGGCAGCUUACACAUCUGGAAAGGCACCAUCAAUGCUGAAAGGUAUAUCCAAGUUCUAGAACAACAUCUACUCCCAUCCAGACAUCAUCUUUUUCAGGAAAGACCUUGCAUUUUCCAACAUGACAAUGCCAGACCACAUACUGCAUCAAUUACAACAUCAUGGCUGUGUAGAAGAAGGAUCCGGGUAAUGAAAUGGCCAGCCUGCAGUCCAGAUCUUUCACCCAUAGAAAACAUUUGGCACAUCAUAAAGAGGAAGAUGUGACAAAGAAGACCUAAGACAGUUGAGCAACUAGAAGCCUGUAUUAGACAAGAAUGGGACAACAUUCCUAUUCCUAAACUUGAGCAACUUGUCUCCUCAGUCCCCAGACGUUUGCAGACUGUUAUAAAAAGAAGAGAGGAUGUCACACAGUGGUAAACAUGCCCUUUUCCCAACUUUUUUUGAGAUGUAUUGAUGCCAUGAAAUUUAAAAUCAACUUAUUUUUCCCUUAAAAUUAUACAUUUUCUCAGUUUAAACAUUUGAUAUGUCAUCUAUGUUGUAUUCUGAGUAAAAUAUUGAAAUAUGAAACUUCCACAUUUGCAUUCUGUUUUUAUUCACAAUUUGUAGUGUCCCAACUUUUUUGGAAUCGGGUUUGUACAUCAUGUGUGUGUGUCAUUGUGUGAGUGUGUGUUUGUUUAUCUACAUUUUCUGGCACAUCAAUCAUUUGUAUAAUUACUAUCAAAAUUUUCUUUUAACUGAAAAGUUCUCAUGAAUCAUGUUUUCAAGUACGUCAUUUAUUUUUCUUUUGUUUUUGUGCAUAAAUAAUAAAACAUGAUGAGAAAUAAAC